AUUGACGCGAAUCAUACAAUGGCAGAGAAGCCGCUUCACCUCGAUCUCAUUGACACCCUCAAGGACGUCUCUGUCCGAGUUGACCAUGUCCGACCCUCCCAUGCCAAGGGCGUCUUCGUCAUAGGUUCCUUUACCCCAACCAAGGAAGCCGGGCAACUCUCCACGGCGCCUCAUUUUAACUCUCCCUCAACUCCAGUCGUUGCCAGAUUCUCUCUCUUUACAGGUUUCCCUGACUUACCUUCCAACGACCCUCAAGCAGUUCCCCACGGUCUGGCUGUGAGAUUUCUCAUCGGAGACGGCGUAAAGAGCGACAUUGUCUGUCAUUCUACGCCCUUGUUUCCAGCAAAUACCGGAGAGGGAGUCCUUGCCGUCUUCAAGGCUUUACGCGACAACAUCGUGGAAGAGUACCUCAGCACUCAUCCCGAAGCCAUUCCCUUCUUCACAGAGGACAGGAAGACGCCAGAGCACUGGGGCACCCAGACAUUCUACUCCAUCAACGCCUUCAAGUUCGUCAACGCUGAGGGAAAAAGCGUGUUUGUCCGUUAUCGCUGGGUUCCGGUAGCGGGGAGACACUUUUUGACUGAGAAGGAGCUGGAGGCCAAGGGGCCGAACUUCCUCUUCAAUGAGCUACCGGAGGUCUUUGCUAAAGGACCAAUUAUCUUCAAGCUUGUAGCUCAGGUGGCGGAGGAGGGAGACGUCACCGGUGAUUGCAUGCAAAGAUGGCCUGAAGACCGCAAGCUUGUGGAGCUCGGUGAGCUCAAGCUGACCAGGGUUGCGGACAAGCAGGAUCUGCCCCCCCAGAAGGAGGCGAUCUCAUAUAAUGUCAUUCCUGGGGUGCCAGGCAUUGAGCCUUCGGAUGAUCCUAUCAUUGCGACUCGUGGGAAGGUGUAUGCGACAAGUGGGCAGACUCGCCGGGCAGCUGAGAUAGAAGCUGAAGCUUAG